AAACCACAGGCUUGUCUGCUGGCACACAGGGUAAACAAAUCAAACACCCGCUUCGUGACACGAGCUGGUGCGCUUGCUCUUUGCAGGAAGCGGUGUUUAUUUUUUUUUUUCCCCCCAUCCACAUUUUAGCAGCUUCACAGUCCAGAAGAAAACAGUGAUUGGCCCAGAAGAUCUGCCAGUUACAAAUACAGCAGCUGAUGGCAACCGUUGCCAAGAGACCAUCCCUGCAGGGUCCAGUGCCCCCUCCUCGCAAGAAGACAGCCCCCAAGCCAGAGCUGACCGAGGAGCAGAAGCAGGAGAUCAGGGAGGCCUUUGAGCUGUUUGACACCGAUGGCUCUGGAUAUAUCGAUGUGAAGGAGCUUAAGGUUGCUAUGAGAGCUCUGGGAUUUGAACCAAAGAAAGAGGAGAUCAAGAAGAUGACUGGUGAGGUUGAUAAGGAUGGCACAGGAAAGAUCUCCUUUGCAGACUUCCUCACUGUCAUGACACAGAAAAUGGCUGAAAAGGACUCUAAAGAGGAGAUCCUAAAAGCCUUCCGCCUGUUUGAUGAUGACGAGACCGGCAAGAUAUCGUUCAAGAAUCUAAAGAGGGUAGCCAAAGAGCUUGGAGAGAACCUGACAGACGAAGAGCUGCAGGAAAUGAUAGAUGAAGCAGACCGGGAUGGAGAUGGAGAAGUGAACCAGCAGGAGUUUCUGCGUAUUAUGAAGAAAACCUGCCUGUACUGAAGCAAGUGAAUGGCAUUGGGGUUGGUGAUGCAGGGGACUUUGCUGCUCAUCGAUUUGUUCCAAAAGGAAAAGAAAAAACUUAUUAUUGUAUUGUGCCAAACUUUUUUUUUUUCUGUAAAAAUUAGUCAAUUAAAAGAUUUAACCCUCAUAUCCAAUCAUAUACAAACUGUUAAAGAGCUGAAAAGUUUAUUAAAAUGCCAAAUGAUCCUUCUUUGAGUUACAUAAUAACGGCCUGCCAAAACUGUUAGAGAAUACCUUCUUACCUGUUGGAAUGCUGCAUUAAUUUAAUGAAGAAUAUAUACUGAUAUAUAAAGGUGUUUGAUUGUGCCUGCAUCAAUAGAGUGACACGUACAUUCCAGUGCUUUGUGUGCUAAUUUGUGCAUUAUGUUAGGAGCAUCUGUUUUCUCUGUUAUAUAGGUGACUCCCAUCAGUCUCCCAUGUUUUUUCUCUUUUAUGCUCUUUUGUUCUGCCAAAUUUUAUUAUGCAGCACAGCUGUUGGUUAACACGCUCUCAUCUCCGUGCUGCCUGUGGAUUUGUGCCUGUGCCUCUUAAAGGGGUGAUUCUCACAAUCAGGGAAGCUGCCUCUUAGCACACCAUCCUCUUAUAUUCCAAUCCAUAGACUGUAUAGAAAAAAAAGCCUUGUGAAGUCCUUGCUUUGAAGCCUUUGCUUGAGCAUUCUGGCCAUUUUCAGCUUGUUUUGUUUUGUUUUUAAACCAGACGUGAGGAGCGAGAGUUGGGUGUGCCUGUGAAAGCAAUGGCCUUGCUUGCUCAUAUAGUAGCAACUAGUCAACCAAAUGGUACAACCACCCUAAUGCAUACACUGCUUUGUUGUUUAUUUUAUGCUAUAUUGGAACAUAAUUAACAAAAAAAAAAAAAAAGCAAAAAAGCCUCAGGCUGUAUUACCUAGGAUUUGAAACAUGUGGCAGACCAUAAUUUAACGAGAAAAGUGUUUACUAAGGUUGUAAGUCAACUGAAAGCUUUUGUAAAGACAUUCACAAUUACAAGUUUCCCCCAGUGGCCUUUAGAGGGACUGCAGGUUUAAGUCACUUUCCACUGGCUUCCCUUUCCAGGUGCAGAAGUUAUGUCCAUUUUUUAUUUACAGUUUAUGGUCACACUGUCUUAAAGCUGAUUGAUGAUAUAUUUUUUUUGUCAUGCUUUUGUGUGCAUUUUAUCUUCUGUAUUUCUGAAUGUUUUACAUAAUAUAUUGUGAACUGAUGAGUACAUAAACAGCAUAUAAAACAUCAAGUUAAAAAAUUAAAUCCAGUGAAGCAGUUUA